CGCAGGAAAGUAAACUUGGAAAAGAAAUCAUUAACUUCUUGUGGUAGGCGUUCACUGGUAACUUUACUGUCUAAAACUACCGUGAAUAAAGUUGUUUUAUCUAUCAUGAAGUCAAUAAGGGAUAGAAUUAAAUUGGAAUUGGGUGAACGAAAUUUCAGCUUACAAAUUGAUAGUACACAAGAUGUUGGUGUUGUAGAUCAGGCUGCAGUGUGCAUAUGGUACAUUUAUGAAGGUGAAGUAAAAGAAAGACUAUUUGCUUUAUUAAAAACAGUUGAUUCAUCAGGAAAUGGCUAUUAUGAUAUGUUAAAAAAACUUUUUUCUGAACAUUCCAUUAAGUUUGAUCGGAUUAUUGGUGAAUCAUUUGACGGUGCAGCAAACAUGAGAGGGGAGUAUUCAGGUUUACAAUCUAAGAUUAAAAGUCAAGAAAACCAAAAAAGCAUUUAUAUAUGGUGCUAUAGUCAUGUGCUUAACUUAUAUGUAUGUGAUACAUGUAAAAUUAUAGAAGCUAAAAAACUGUUUGGACUUUUGAAUCGAUUAUCAACAUUUUUUAGUGGAUCUUAUAAACGUAUGCACGUAUGGUUAUAUGAAAUUGAUUAAAGUUUGGGAUCAAAUAAAUUGAAAAAGCUUCAAAAAAUAGGAGAAAUCAAUACGCGAUGGUGGUCUCGAUAAAAAGCUCUGUUUUGGAUUUUUGAUGGUGAUAAAUGUCUUUUUCCUAUAGUUAUUAGUGCUUUACAUCAUAUUUCUAUUUCCAAAAAUGUUGAAUCUAAAGUUUGUUCAGAAGCAUCUUCUUUAUUAGAUAAUUUAUGUAAUUUUAAAAUAAUUCUCACGGCUCAUAUAUUUUUGAAAAUCUUUAAAAUUAUUGGACCAACGUCACGUUAUCUUCAGAGGUAUGGAUUUAUUAUCAGCUUGGAGUAUAAUAGAUUCUGUAAAACUAGAAAUUGGACAAAUUGACUUUGACAGUAUUUUAGAAAGUUCUAUAAAUUUUUCGAACAAUAUGAACGACUUACUUAAUAGUAUGAAUCUUCCUGAAGAUUUAUUAUUAUCAUCUUCUUUACCUGUUACUAGGGAUAUCAGGAAAAAAAGAAUGUAUAAUGGGCUAUGUGAAGACAAAACACCGGAGUUACUAUUAGACAAGUUCAGAGUUGAAACAUAUCAAACAAUAAUUGACCAGAUUACUACCUAAUAGUCUAAAUGAACGUUUCACCGACAAUAAUCAAUUGAAAGCAGAUGUUCAAUACUUGAUCCCUAAAACGUUAAUCAAUGAUUAAAAUCGCGAUUAACAUUUUAAUUUUUAUUCUGAAAUCCGAAUUUCUUUUGUGUUUAACGUUAUAUUUUAAUAUUUCAUUUACGUACUGCUAUAAAAUGGAUCAAAACAAACCAUUUGUGACUGAGUUUUUAGAAACCUACAAACGCACCCAGCUCUGUAGAAUACCAAAAGUAAUGUAUCCAAAAAUAAACAUUUGAGGAACUUAGGUAUCGGAGACUUGUUAAAGGUGUGUCAAGAAAAAUUUAAAGAUGCAGCUUUUGUAAAACGUAAAUUAAACAACCUACGGUCUGCAUUUAGAAGAGAGCUAAACAUUAUUUUGGAAUCAAAAACUACCGGCUUAUCUGCUGAUGAAAUUUACGUACCAACGUUAUGGUACUAUGACUUAUUGUCUUUUACUACGGAAGAUGAGAGUAGCAGAGUGGGAAUAUCCAGGUUAGAUGAUGCCACAGAACUACAAUUCACGUAGCAAAUUCAUAUGCGAAUAUUUUCGACGUUUUAAAAGCCACUGUUUUGACCAUUUUCUCUUUUUUUGUGUAUCGUCAUCAUCAUCCACAGAAAAAACGAGAGCAGUUGUCAGCAAUAAUUUCCUCUUUCGAUCUAUUUUGUUCAUUGUACGCAAAAAUAUACAAAGCGAAAAUGAAAAAAUUCCAUAAACUAUAAAAUGCAAUCACUCGAAUAAUAUUUCGAUAUUCAAUUGCGAUAUAAACCAUAUCACAUUAUCACAAUAUAAACAAACAAAACAAACUUCACCAAUUAAAAAGUUAAGUUAGAUAUCGUCAAACUAAUCAUUUGGUGUGUGGACUGCGUCAGGUUUGACAACUGAUCGGCCGAUUGGUUUGACGACAAGUUUGACGAUAGAUCGCUUCCCUUUAGUUUGUGUUGGAUACAAGUUCUAAUUUAAAUUGCGCGCGGUCAUGUCGCAAUUAAUAAUAUGCCGUAACGUUGUCGCGCCGGAGCGUCCAACCUGGACCCCCGCUAUCGCCGCGGCCAAGUUGCCCGUCGCCGGCGUGUUUUUGGUCGUUCUUCCACCGUCUACGGAACAGGUUCGCGAUCCGGUGUCCGGUCGCCAUCAGUCCGCCAUUUUUUUUCUAUGUUUGGCCUUUGUUUUUGCUCAUCCGAACUAUUAGCGUCUAUUAUUUUUUUUAUUAUAUAAUUAAUUAAUGGUGGUCACACUGCUACGGGCGCCGCGGUUGUAGGGCCGGCGUGACUGCUACAGCGGCUCCCUGGAGUCGGCGUCAACACAGUCCAGUUUUUGCGACGGCGGAAGAUACCGUUUUGUCUUCGCGUCUCCGGCACCGCGACCCGUUGUUGUUAUACUUAUAUCGUGUGUGUUUUUAAUACCAAUAUAGCCGUUACCAAACAUUAAAAUCCUGACCCGUAAUACCUAUUAAAAUAUUAGCUCUAACAGAACUAAUCGCCGUGCCGCGUCCGCGAACGUUUGGUUUCUGGCUCGUUAGCUACCCGGCGUUGUGUUUUUUUUGUCGGUAACUAGCCGUCUUGGCUACUCAACCGAGCCCCUGUACUCCCGACUCAUCGCGCACGUGCUGGUUUCGUGCGAUUUGAGUCACGGCCCCCCGUGCCAAAACCACGAGUUGUAUUUUCGUGUUUUUUGUCGCCCAUCCGAUUUUCGCUGUGCGACCCCCGACCCGUGGUCAUUUACGCCGUCCACGUGUUUUAGUACGACCGUCUGGUGUCUGAUGCGUCAUUACUAAUUUUGUUAUAUUUUGAAUCGCUCGGCCAAUCUUUGCCGUGCGAUUGAGCCCCGCUCGCUCACGCGCCCACGUGUUCCGCCCGCCCGUUAUACGCAGUGCAAACCGUUGGUCUAUUAUGUUUGUCGUUUGAGCCGCGUUCUACGCCACGACAACGUACAGUCCACGCUUGCCGUGUUUUGUAGUGUAUAAAUCUUGCAUCCACGCCCGAUCCCCUCGAUCAACGAUUGCAUCGUCCAAGUUAGAUUACCUCCGUACCACCGUCGACCACCGCACGUACGCACGUGGUAUCGUCACGUGCGUGAAGUUAGCCCCCCGACAUUGAUCUACUCCGGACCAAUGCCAAUAUUUUGUAACUCAUUUGUAACUAUUUGUAACACAAUUUUCAGAAUUUGUAACUCCUUACUUUUGGCGCAAUCGACAUUUUUUUGAUGGGGGGCCAACUUCACGUAGCCCCCCGACUUUGUCAGAACGACUCCGGACCAACGCCAUUCUUUUAUAACUCAUUUGUAACUAUUUGUAACACAGUUUUCAGAAUUUGUAACUCCUUACUUUGGGCGAAAUCAACAUUUUCCUGAUGGAGGAACAACCCCCCGACUUUGUCUCAUCGACUCCGGACAAACGCCAUUCUUUUAUAUCUCAUUUGUAACUAUUUGUAACACAAUUUUCAGAAUUUGUAACUCCUUACUUUGGUCGAAAUCAACAUUUUCGUGAUGGGAGAACAGCCCCCCGAAUUUGUCUCAUCGACUCCGGACAAACGCCAUUCUUUUAUAUCUCAUUUGUAACUAUUUGUAACACAAUUUUCUGAAUUUGUAACUCCUUACUUUGGGCGCCAUAAAAAAUAUUUGAUUGGGGAACUUGACGUAGCCCACCAGCGUCUAUGAAGUUUCUCCCCUUCCAUAUGGUCCAUAUAGUAGACUUAAAAAAAAUUGCGAUCCCUGACUCCGGGUGUUUUUGAAAAUUUCAUUUUUACUAACUAUUUUUUAA